UCCGGCAAGUAGCUAUACUAUCUCACAAUCAUUACUAUAGUAUGAAUGUACAAUCAUUCGACAGUUUUCACAUAGAAAUAUUCACGCAGACUUUUUUUGUUUUUUCACGCGCAUAUAAUUUCUCAAAACUCGAUCUUCAACCAAGUGUAUUUAAUUCUAUUCACACCUCAUAAAUUUAAUUGAUUUUAUAUUAUUUGUUUCACACAUUAAGAAGAAGUUGAACUGACUUGAUAUUAACAUUGACGUCACAUUACAGAAAACAAAAUACUCUGCUGGUAACAUGUAUUCAUUGAGGAAACAUCACUAAAAAAACAACUUGAGGAAGCUCCAUUGAAGCCGUCCAUCUGUGUCAAUAUUGAGGAAAAGAUCAAGAUAUAUCAAGAGAUCUCCUAGAUUCCUUUUAGAUCAAGAUGAAACAAAAAACGAGAAUUUACCCCAGACAUGGUUCAUCAGAAGUACAAGAGAAUGCAGGAACGAUUUCACCCAUUCUAGAUCGGGAUAUCAUUGAUAUGAUCAAUGUCAGACGUCGGUUCAACAGAUGUGAUACUUUGUGUAGAGGUAACCCUAUAACUGACGCUGGAAAACGUACACAAUUGGUAAAGAUGUUGUCUGUCGUUAUGAUUCCAGUACUUGUAAUAACGGGAAUGACUGGAAAUAAUUUCGCUUCAUCUAUUGGUAAUUACAUCAGUUCAGCAAGUGUUCGAGAUGUUCUCUACUUUAGCAUAGAACUAGGAGCACUUUUGCGCAUAAUCCAGUUUGAACGUGAUAUGAGUGCACUUUAUGUAAGCAAUAUCAAACCGGAAACGAAAGACUUCCUUCUACAGCGUUAUCCUGACACUGACCUAGCUAUCCAAAACCUAUCAUACUGGCCUCAAGGGGAAAAUCUCAUCCCUGAAAUGGAAACUCGAGAAAAGUUUUUAUCUUAUUUGAAUAAACAUCGAUAUCAGCUUGAUGUCUUUGACCAGUCAGUAGAAGGCGAACUAAAUUUUUACUCUGGUAGUAUUGAUGUUCUAUUGAAAUGGUUGUAUGACAGUGUAAGUGAAACGGGCACAGGUUCAAUUUGGAAAGAUGUUGUCGCCUAUCAGGAAAUUAUUGUAGCAAGUGAAUUAUUUGGUAGAGAAAGAGCUUUGGGUGUGUCAUUUUAUGCAACUGGCGGUUUUGAGACGCGCGAAGAAUACUUGCUGUUUGUUGAAAAACAGAACAGGGCUAAUGUUACAUUUGAAUCCGCAAGAUUUUACUCAAAAAUAGCAUUUGACCUAUAUAAUGUUGAAUUAGCAAAAAAUCCAAACGUGAGCGAAAGUAUAGAAGACUUUCGAAACAGAAUAAAAUCUAACAAUUAUUCAAAAGAAUCAGCCUCAAUUGCUGAGGCAGAGAUGUGGUUUGGUAACAUGACUAUUUACCAAGGUGUUCUAACCCGUACUCAGAAAGCUCUUGCCCUGACUAUAGAUGACAAUCUUGUCAAAGCGUCUCAAGAGGGACUCGAAAGUGUAAUAACGAUUUGUGUAAUAUUCGGCUUUAUUCUUAUUGUAUGUCCACUUCUUGUGUUUGCUGUUUACACGCUGACGUCUGAUAUCCAGAAGUAUUCCAUUUUGAUAGCAGACAGGACUCACAAAUUGAAGAAAGAAAAGAAACGUACAGAGCUGCUUCUCUAUAAAAUGCUGCCAAAGUCAGUGGCUGAACAACUGAGACAAGAUAAGAAUGUGGAUCCAGAAAAGUAUUAUGAUUCCACCAUAUUUUUCAGUAGCAUUGUAGACUUUGAAAACAUUUCAUCGCAUAGCUCACCGCUUCAAGUUGUUAAAACCUUGACUGAUCUGUACAAAGAUUUUGAUCAUAGAAUCGCCAUGUAUGAUGUUUACAAAGUUGAUACUAUUACAGAUGCUUAUAUGGUAGUUUCCGGUAUUCCCAAGAGGAAUGGCAUUCGACACGCUUCACAGAUAGGUACAAUGGCACUAGACAUUCUUGACCAUAUUCAAAACUGGGUUGUACCGCAUUUACCAGGAGUAAAAUUGGAAAUAAGGAUUGGAAUUCACUCAGGACCCGUUAUUGCUGGAAUAUUCGAAAUAAAAAUGCCAAGGUAUUGUUUGUUUGGUGACACUGUCAAUGUUGCAUUAAAAAUGGAAAAAAUGGGAAUUGUAAACAAAAUACACAUAAGCCAGACAACAAGAGACUAUCUUUUGGCAACUGAUGGAUAUGAUAUGGAGGAAAGAGAUGAUGAUGUAGUCAAGAAGGACAAGGAAGUGUCUGAUAUCUUCAAAGGAAUUUUACGUACCUACUGGUUGAAUAAUUCGGACGACUUCAUGCCGGCGAAGAAAAUAUGUGAGAUACAAACGACAAAACAGAAAAAGCAUAAUGUUUGACAGGUUCUAACUGUUACACAGAACCUUUAUAUGUUUCAUCGAAUAUACCUCAACAAAUAAGUGAUCAACAAGAAAACGUUCUUAAAAUACGUUAAGACAUUUAUUUCUGUUUUAGCGUCUGUCAUGGACCCAUUUUACAGGUGGUUGAAUAUUAUGUGAUACAUGUUACUAUGAAUUGUCUGUUUAAUUGUAUUAAAACUCCCUGGGAAAAA